CGGCGCCGGGCCGCGCCGCGCAGAGCCGCGCGGGAGCCGGGCCAUGGCCGGGGGCGCCCGGGCGCUGCUGGCCGCCGCGCUGCUGGGGCUCGUGGCCGCGCGGGGGGCGGCGGAGCCCCCGGCGGAGCCCAGCGCCUCCGGCGUCCUGGUGGCCAACCGCGGGCUGCGCGUCCCCCUCGGCCGCUCCGCGUCGCUGGACCCGGCGGCGGACCUGGUGCUGCGGGUGCAGCCCGGGGACCGGUGCGCGGUGACGGCGCUGGAGAGCGGCCCGGGGGCGCGCCGCCCCGGCGCCCUGGCCCCCCCGCGCUUCCCCUGCGCCUUCGCCCGCGGGCAGGUCACCUACACCCACUUCGGCGCCCGCAGCCCCGGCCGGCACCGCCUGCGCCUGCAGCUCCGCUACGACUCGCCCCGCCGGACCCUGGUCGUGCCCUUCACGCUGGAGGUGGAGGUGCUCUUCCAGCAGCUGCGCCUGCUCAGCCGCAACCUGCCCCUGCCCGUGGAGAAGCUGCGGGGGCUCAGCGCCCCUCUGGACGGCAAGGUGCUGGGCUUCCCCGAGGGCGAGCCCGGCCGGCGCUGCCGCCUCACGCUGCUGCCCCCCGAGGCCGCCGGCGCCGGCCCCCUGCCCGCCUACGGGCGGCUGCUGGACGCCGAGGGGCGGCCCCUGCCCGCCGGCUACAGCGGCGACUGCCUGGCCGUGCUGCAGGCGGGGAUCCGCUACCAGCACACGGCGGCCACCGCCUCCCCCAGCCGCGACUGCAUCCCGGCGCGGGUGUCCGCGCUGCCCGCCGCCGGCCCCGAGGAGCGGGAGUACUUCCAGGUGCUGGUGCGGAUCCGCGAAGGGGCUGACAACACGCCGCCCAAGCCCGGCCUCCUGGCACUGCUCAUGAUGGAAGUGGACCAGUUCGCGCUCACCGCCCUCACCCCGGACAUGCUGACUGCUGAGGACCUGGAGACAACCCCGGACCUCCUCCUCUUCAAUCUCACCUCGCCCUGGCCCAGCGACCCGCAGCAGCAAGGCUACCUGCUCAGCACCGAUGACCCCAGCCGCCCCCUUGCUGCCUUCUUACAGCGGGAGGUGAGGGAGCUGAAGAUUGCCUACCAGCCCCCUACACUGGAUUCAGACCAGGAGCGUCUUUUUCAGGUAGAAAUGGAGGUGCUGGACUCUGACGGUGCCUGCUCAGAGCCCUUUGCUUUUGUGAUCCUGGUGAAGCCCAUGAACACGCUGGCUCCUGUGGCCGUUUUCAGUCAUGUGGCUGGCCCUCAGCUGAUGCUCUUUGAGGGCCAGUCACGGCCCCUGUCUGGCAACCUGGAGAUCAGCGAUGAGGACAAUCUGAAAGAAGUGAAGGUCUGGGUUACACGGGGCCUGCAACAUGGGGAGCUCAAGGUACUUGGUGUGCCACCCAGCCGCAAGUACUUCACUGCCGCAGAGCUGGAAGCAGGGCAGGUGAUUUACCAGCACGACGGCAGUGAGCACAGCUACAGCGACAAUAUUGUGUUCCGCAUGGCAGAUGGGCAGCACCAGGUUGAAUUUCUGUACCCCAUCACCAUCGCUCCUGAUGACGAUCAACCACCGCUGCUGAAUGCAAACACUGGGUUGGUGCUGAGUGAGCACCAGACUGUCCAAAUUUCACCUUUUGUCCUCAGUGCCACAGAUAUUGACUCUGACGAUCCUUCAAUCCGAUUUGUCCUGGCUGGGGACUCAGUAGCGUCCCCGCUACACUCUCACCACUUUGGUGAACUGUUGCUGCGUCAGGCAGAGCCACCAGCAUCUUACGAGAGCAAAGAAAGCAGAGCAGGGCUGGACAGUGACUCCUCUGCCUUCCCCUGGCAUUUUGUGGAGGACGAAGGUAUGUAUGAGAGGGUGGUGAGUGAGUGGCUGCAGCAAGACAUCCUUGAUGGGAGGCUGUUCUUCAGGCACACAGGAGCUCACAGCACCAGCCCAGAGAUGGGCCAUGUUGUGUUCCAUCUGCAGGACAACAAUGACCCCCCUAACCAGUCUGGGGAGCACGUGCUCACUGUCAAAGUACAACCAGUAGACACUCUGCCACCUGCACUGUACCCAGGUACUAGCCUGCAGAUGACAGUGCAAGAAUACCAGCUGACUCCCUUCAAGAAGCGUUAUUUACGGUACACUGACUUGGACACUGAUGACAGGGAUUUGAAGUACACUUUGCUGACUGCCCCAGCUGACACGGAUGAGAACCACUCUGUGGUCACUGGGGGGAUUGUGUUGGCUGACAGCCCUGAGACAUCUAUUACACGUUUCACCCAGGCCCAAGUCAACCAUCACAAGGUGGCAUAUCGACCUCCAGAUCAGGAGUUGGGGAUCACACCACGAGUGGUUCAGUUCACGUUCCUUGUAGAGGAUUCAGCUGGCAAUUCUCUACCAGGUACUUUUACCCUGUUCCUGCAGCCAGUGGACAACCAGCCACCUCAGAUUACCAAUACAGGCUUCACUGUGCUUGAGGGAAACAGCUUCCUUCUCACCAGCAAUCAACUGGAUGCCACUGAUGUGGACACAGAUGCAGACCGGAUUGUCUUCACUGUAACUCAGGCGCCAGCGCACGGCCAUCUGCAUUAUCUGGAGGAGGGUGUGAUGGUGAAAGGAGAAUCUUUCCUGCUAGAUGAUAUUGCUGGUGGGCGCAUCUCUUACAAGCACAGUGGCGAUGAGUUCACUAGUGAUUCUUACCAGCUGGAAGUGAGCGAUGGAGUCCAUCAUGUGCCAAUCACAGUCAAGAUUGCUGUGCAGCCUGUGGAUGAUGAAAGCCCUAGCAUCACUCUCCCUGGUGGUCAUAGGCAGGUGGGAGCAGCCCUUGAUGUCUUGGAAAAUGGUGUCACUGAGAUUACCACAUCACUUAUCCAAGGUACAGAUGAGGAUACAGAUGACUUGGUGCUGACCUUCAUUGUGCAGGAUCCCCCCAAGCUGGGUGACAUCCUUGUGGAUGGAGUGCGAUCAGAAAAGUUUACUCAGCACGACCUCAUCAGUGGAGCUGUAGCCUAUGCUCACACCAGUGGAGAGAUUGGCUUGAAAAAGAGGUAUGAUUCCUUCAAUCUCACCAUCUCUGACCUCUCCAGUGAAUGGGUUGUGGGAGGCAGCACAGUGCAAGGGGUGCGUGUGGCUGUCACUGUAUUGCCUGUGGACAGCAUUGCACCUGAAGUGAUGGUUGGGGCAGAGCCAUGCAGUGUCCUCGAGGGAGGGAAGAGUACUCUAGCUCUGGACCAGCUGGAUGCAGAGGACAUAGAUACUCCCAGAGAUGACAUCUUGUGCAUUAUCACAGUUCAGUCCACUUCAGGAUAUUUGGAGAACAUCUCUCCAGCCCCAGGGUCUGAGAAGUCUAGAGCUGGUACUGCCAUCAGUGCCUUUUCCAUCAAAGAUGUUCGUCUGGGUCACAUCAAUUAUGUGCAGAGCAUUCACAAAGGGGUGGAGCCUGUGGAAGACAGAUUCACUUUCCAGUGCUCUGACGGCAUUAACUUCUCCCCUCAUAACUUCUUCCCCAUCGUCAUCAUCCCCACCAACGAUGAAAAGCCAAAGCUGUUUGUGCAUGAAUUCACCGUGCUUGAAGGGAUGAGCCUGGUAGUUGACACCUCCAUCCUCAACGGAGCCGAUGCAGACCUUCCUCCAGACGAACUGCACUUUGUUAUUGCCGCCCCUCCUAAGCAUGGGCAGUUUGUGCAGCAGUUGUCCACAGGCACUGUAGCUGUUCACAGCUUCACCCUGGAGGAGAUCCAGGAGGCUUCCAGCAUUGUGUAUGAACACGAUGACUCGGAGACAAAAGAAGACAGCUUUCAAAUUCAGCUGAGCGAUGGGCAGCAUACAGUGGAACAGAGAGUAUCGAUUAUGGUGAUCCUGGUAGAUGAUGAGACCCCCAGGAUGGCAAUCAACAAUGGGCUGGAAGUAGGGAUUGGCAAGUCCAAGGUCAUCUCUAGCCAGGACCUUAAAGCCACAGACACAGAUUCUGAGGACAAGAACCUUACCUACAUCAUCCGUUUGGCACCUGGGCAGGGUUUAUUACAGCGCCUGAACAGACAAGGGGAAGUGCUUUGCAACAUUACACAAGGCAUGAACUUCACCCAGGAUGAUUUAGACCAGGGUUUUAUUUGCUAUAUUCACACUGGCCUACAUGGAGUCUGUGAUCUGAUUAAAUUUGAUGUUACCGAUGGUAUUAACCCCUUGAUAGACAGAUACUUCUAUGUUACCAUCAGUAGCAUCGAUAUGGUGUUCCCUGAGGUGAUCAACAAGGGGGUAACUCUGAAAGAAGGUGGAAAGGUGACACUCACAACUGACCUGCUCAGCACAAGUGAUGUUAACAGUCCUGACGAGAACUUGCGCUUCAGUGUUACCCGGUCCCCUACCCGGGGCCAUUUAGAGAACUCAGACAAUCCUGGGAUACCUGUUGUUUCCUUUACUCAACUCCAACUUGCUGGCAACAAGAUUUACUACAUUCAUGCUGCAGAGGAUGAGGUGAAGAUGGACAGUUUUGAAUUUGAAGUGACAGAUGGAUAUAACUCAGUCUUUCGCACCUUCAGAGUCUCCAUUACAAACGUGGACAAUAAAAAGCCAGUUCUAACUAUUGGUGACCUUGUAGUUGAGGAAGGGAAGACCAGACUGAUCACUCCUUUUGAGCUGACUGUGGAAGACGGGGAUACACCUGACUAUUUACUCCUUUUCACAGUCACUCAGGUUCCUGUGCAUGGCCAGAUUUUGUACAACAACAGCUACCGAGUAACCAGCUUCACCAAACAAGACUUGAAUGAGAAUCUGAUCAGCUAUAGACAUGACGGUACAGAAACCAGACAGGAUAGCUUCUCCUUCUCUGUGACUGAUGGGACCCACACAAACUUUUAUGUUUUCCCUGACACUGGCACGGAGACCCAUCAACCCCAGAUGCUGAGGAUUCAUAUCAAUUCGCUGGACAAUGGGGUGCCACAGUUGGUGGUAAACAAGGGAGCCCCCACUCUGAGAAGACUUCCAACUGGGCAGCUAGGCUUCCUCAUCACUAGUAAGGCACUAAAGGCAGAAGACCGGGACAGUCCACACAAGCUGUUGAAAUACAAAAUAACAGAUGGGCCGGAGCAUGGCUUCAUCAUUAAUACUGGCCUUGGAAGUGACAGCAUUAGAACAUUUAUGCAAGCUGAUAUCGAUGAAAUGAGGAUCAGCUACAUCCUGAAAGAAGGUGAUAAUGCUACCAGUGACACCUUCUAUUUCUCCAUUGAAGACAGUGGGGGGAACAUGUUAGGGAGUCAACCCUUUCGACUGAACUGGGCUUGGAUUUCCUUGGAGAAGGAGUACUAUAUUGUAGAUGAGAACUCCAAAUUUUUGGAGGUGACCAUCAGGCGCAGAGGAUAUCUGGGAGAGAGCUCUUUUACCAGUAUUGGAACCAAAGAUGGUACAGCAGUAAAGGACAAAGAUUUCAGAGGGAAAGCUCAGAAACAGGUCCAGUUCAAUCCAGGACAGACUUCUGCUACCUGGCGCGUGAGGAUUUUUAUAGACAAUGAAUAUGAAGCAUCCGAAACAUUCCAGAUUGUUUUGUCUGAUCCUGUUAUGGCUGCCCUUGAGAUUCCAGUAGCAGCAACAGUUGAGAUUGUGGACCCUGGUGAUGAAUCGACAGUGUAUAUUCCUCAGCUGGAGUAUAGAGUAGAGGAAGAUACUGGUGAGCUGCAGAUUCCUAUUAGAAGAUCUGGAGAUGUCAGUCAAGAAUUAAUGGUCAUUUGUUCCACACACCAAGGUUCUGCUACAGGCACAGUUCCAUCUACUGUCUUGUCUUACUCUGACUACAUCUCCCGUCCUGAGGAUCAUACCAGCAUUGUUCACUUUAAUAAGGAUGAAAUUGAGAAAAUCUGUCGUAUUAUAAUUAUUGAUGACUCUCUCUAUGAGGAAGACGAGAUCUUCAAUGUGUCUCUGAGCAUGCCAGUGGGAGGCCAAAUCGGCACUGAAUUCCCAAGCGCUAAAGUAGUCAUCUUGGCUGACGCAGAUGAUAAACCUGCUUUGUACUUUGGUGACAUUGAAUAUCGAGUGGAUGAAAGUGCUGGCUACGUGGAGAUUCGUGUCUGGAGAAGUGGAACAGACCUGUCUAAAGCUGCCUCUGUCACCGUGCGUUCCAGAAAAACAGAGCCAGUGUCCGCAGAGGCUGGGGUUGAUUACGUGGGCAUCAGCCGUAACCUGGAUUUUACUCCAGGAGUCAACAUGCAAGUGUUUCGAGUGAUCAUCCUUGAUGAUUUGGGCCUGCCUAUCCUAGAAGGUGCAGAGAGAUUUGAACUAGUUCUCCAUAUGCCCACGAAUGCAGUGCUUGGGGAGCCUAGCAAAACUACUGUCUUCAUCAAUGACACCGUUACUGACUUACCCAAAGUCCAGUUCAAAGAACCACUGUACAUGGCAAAUGAAAAAGAUGAACAGUUGGUGGCUGCCAUUUAUCGAAGUGGUGAUGUUAACCAUAAAUCUACAGUGCGUUGCUAUACGCGCCAGGGUUCUGCCCAAGUUAUGGUGGACUACAAGGAGAGGCCAAAUACAGAUGACUCUGUAGUGGUGUUUCUCCCAGGAGAAACUGAGAAGCUCUGUGUGGUAGCUCUGGAGGAUGAUGCAAUUUAUGAGGAGGAGGAAGAAUUCCGAUUAGUGCUUGGGACCCCAAAAAGUAAUUCUACUUUUGGUGCUUCCAUUGGGGAUCAGAAAGAGACUGUUAUCAAGAUUAAGGAUGAAGAAGACAAACCAGUGAUUAAGUUCUCUGAAAUAAAACACAGUAUUCAGGAGCCUCAGGAACCUGGAGAAAUUGCACUUGCAAGAAUCCCUGUUCUGCGCCUUGGUGAUAGCUCCAAAGUAUCCGUUGUCAGAGUGCACACUAAGGAUGGCUCAGCGACCUCGGGGGAAGACUACAAUCCAGUGUCAGAAGAUAUUGAAUUCAAAGAAGGAGAAACUGAGCACUUUGUUGAAGUAGAGAUUCUAUAUGAUGGCAUAAGAGAAAUGAGAGAGGCAUUUACUGUCCACUUGAAGCCCGAUGAGAACAUGGUAGCAGCGACGCAGAUGAGUAAAGCUAUUGUGUACAUUGAAGAAAUGGACAGCGUUGCAGAUGUGACAUUCCCAGCUGUACCCCAGGUUGUCUCACUUCUGAUGUAUGAUGAUACUUCUAAAAGCAAAGAGAAUCCACACCCUCUGACCGGCUACCCUGUUGUGUGUGUAACGGCAUGUAAUCCCAAGUAUUCAGACUACGACAAGACUGGAUCCAUCUGUGCCACAGAAAACAUCAAUGAUACUCUGACCCUGUACCGCUGGCUUGUCAGUGCUCCGAGUGGCAGCGAUGGUGUCACCAGUCCAAUGAGGGAAGUGGACGCUAACACUUUUUUUACCAACACCAAAUCCAUCUCCCUGGACUCUGUAUACUUCCAGGCAGGCUCCAGGCUUCAGUGUGCAGCACGAGCUGUGAAUGCCAAUGGUGAUGCAGGUCUGGAGCUGCUGAGUCCAAUUUAUACAGUAAGCAGAGAGGAAGGCCUUUGUCAGCCUCGCAUCCCAGGAACAGUGGGAGCAGAACCUUUCUCUGCUAAAAUUCGCUACACGGGUCCGGAUGAUCCUGACUAUCCCAGUCUGAUCCGAUUAACUGUCACUAUGCCCCAUAUGGACGGAAUGUUGCCAGUUAUCUCCACACGCCCCUUAUCCAACUUCGAGCUAACGCUUAGUCCAGACGGCACUCGCGUGGGACACCACAAAUGCUCCAACCUACUGGACUAUGAUGAGAUCCAGACCAAACAUGGCUUUAUAACAAAGGGAACUAAGAAUGCCAAAGUGAUUGGAGAAACAUCACCUUACCAGUAUAGCAGUGCUCUGCGAUCUGCUAAAACCUUGCGUUUUUACCGGAACCUCAACCUGGAGGCUUGCCUGUGGGAGUUCAGCAGUUACUAUGAUAUGUCUGAGCUGCUGACUGACUGCGGUGGCUCCAUUGGCACAGAUGGGCAGGUCUUAAAUCUGGUGCAGUCAUAUGUCACAUUGCGGGUGCCCCUUCAUGUCUCCUAUGUCUUCCACUCCCCUGCUGCAGUUGGCGGCUGGCAGCAUUUUGACUUGCAGUCUGAACUGAAACUCACGUUCGUGUACGACACUGCUAUCCUAUGGAAAGACGGGAUAGGCAGCCCUCCGGAAUCACAGCUCCAAGGAUCCCUCUAUCCCACGAGUAUGCGGAUCAGUGACGAAGGGCGACUAGUGGUGAACUUCCGAACGGAGAUUCGGUUCUGGGGCCAGCUGGUGAUGUCUCACCCAGGAACGUCUCUGUCAUCAAUGGUGAUGUCUGCUGACCACCCUGGCCUCACAUUUACACUCAGUCUGUUACGAAGUGAGCCGACCUUCCACCAGCCUGUGCAGCAGUGGAGUUUUAUCUCUGACUUUGCUGUACGAGAUUACUCAGGUACUUACACUGUGAAAUUUAUCCCCUGUACUGCUGCGCCCAGCCAGCAAUAUGCCCUUCCUGUCAUCUGCAACCCACGGGAGCCAAUUGCCUUUGAUGUGGACAUCAGGUUCCAGCAGGUCAGUGACCCAGUGGCAGCAGAGUUCAGUCUAAAUACUCAAAUGUUCCUGCUGUCCAAAAAGGAGCUUUGGAUAUCUGAUGGGUCAAUGGGAUUUGGAGAUGGCACUGAUGUGGCCUUUACUGAAGGAUCUGAAAUCUAUGGCCGAGUGAUGGUGGAUCCAGUUCAGAACCUCGGCGACUCCUUCAGCUGCACCGUUGAGAAGGUGUUCCUUUGCACCGGCGCUGACGGGUAUGUGCCAAAGUACAGUCCAGACAAUCAGGAAUACGGCUGUCUGGCCGACUCGCCUUCCCUCUUGUACAGAUUCAAGAUCCUGGACAAAGCUCAACCUGAGACCCAAGCAAGAGUCUUUGGAGACCUGGAAUUUCAUGCUACGCUAGCAGUCGAUCAUGCAGAUGCUUUUCCUUUAGUAAAACAGCCCGGCUCUGAUGGUUUCAGCCUAUCAUCUGCUCCACUCUUCCAGGUCGCAGCAGGCCGAGAAUGGUACAUUCACACCAUUUAUAUGAUCCGAUCAAAAGAAAACGCAAAUAGGCACAAUGGCAAAAGAAGCCUUGACUUUCACCACGUGUUGUCCUCUGCUAACAGCAGAGUUAAUGCCACAGCCUUGAAACGCAGCAGAAGAGCCAAGCCAGACACCCCUGCCUUCAUGCAAGACAUUGGAGCAGAUAAAAACAGGGGCACAAACAUUCAGCAUAUUGCUCUUGACCGUUCCAACAAAGCUGUUGUCAUCCAGAAAGACAUGUUCCCAACCAGCAUGCUGUAUCACAGGCCAGUUCUGGAAAUCACAAACAAGGACUCUGAAAAUAGUAUUGUACUUGUUACUGGAGCAGUGACAGGGUUGCUGUUUCUGGUCUGCACUGUGGUCCUAGCUAUCUUUUUGUUGAAACAAAGGCAACAGCCCUCUGCUGGGAAAAGCAAAGCAACCAUCAGCUAUUCCAGCAGCAGGGAAACUAUGACCACACGCCCCAGCAGCAGUGACAGCUCAGAAGUCUAGCCAGUUUCUCUGGUGCUUGUCUUCUAAAAUGUGUGAUUUCAUCAAACAGCAGACUCAAAAUCUAGCUCUUGGAUGACUCCUUUGCACAGGCAAUUGGCUGCUUUGUUUCUGAUGCUAGAAGUCAUGCAUUAUUAUUGAUGGACAGCUGUUGCUGACAGUGUGUGUGUGAAUGACUUACUUAUGUAUAGAAUUCAAACUAGUACUCCAUGAACAGAUUAUACUUUUUUCUUUUAAACCUAGUAAUAUUUUGAAUAUGCAGCUGUAAAUGUGCCUUAUAUCCACCAUAGAAAGCUGGUGCUUAAAGGGAUGGGGGGUUUUUUGUGUUUGUUUUUUUUUAAGCUGCAGAUACAUUUAGCUUUCAUAAAACUGUGGGGGUUUUUUUGUUUUUUGUUUUAAUAAUUACUUCUGGGUAGGAAGGAGUUACUAGUACUAGCAAAUGGAAGGUAAGUAGUAGAUAGUGUUCUUUUAAAUGAAUGAUACCAACAGGUUUGUCUUAAAUUUCAACGAGGACCUCAGACAUAUGGACAGCAGCAGGAGACUCACACAGGUACGGUUGUAAUUACAGUAAUUGCUCUGCUGUAAUUAUAAGGAGAACAUUAUACUAUAGCUGUGUGAUUAGUAAGAAUGAGAACUAUAUUUUAAAGCCACACUAGUAUUAAGGCAUAGAUACUGACAUAAGCGCUUUCAGAAACUCUUAAAGAGGUUCUAGUACUUGUACAACACGACUUCUGACAGUUGUCCCAUAUUGUGUGAUAAUUGAUUACCCUUAUUAGAAUUGCCCUUACUUAUAUAUAUAUAUAUAUAUAUACACACACACACACACAUACACACACAUAUAUAUAAAAAAAUAGCAUCUAAAUAUGGGCAAAUACUUCUAAAAGGUAGUGUAUUUUGUCAGUUGUCAUGCCUUUUUCUGGAAGUAGACAACUUAACUGUACCACUUAUACAGCAAAAAUUUUGAUUUGUUUUACCUCUAUCUAAAAAAAAACAAAAAAACAAACAAAAAAAAAGGAGUUUAUAUUACUACUAGUACACAAUUUGGGAAGUUAGUGUUUGGCUUAUUUCCCUGUCUGCAUACUGGCACUUGAAAAUUGGAUACACAAAUGAACUGCUGCUCAGCCACUUGUUUAAUACAUCCUUCCUCUCCCUUUCCUCCAAAGAAUGCUUUUUCUGUGUAGGCUAUUUGUAAACUAUCGUGGCUUGUUGUUUUGCUUUGUCUUGGGGACUGUGGGGGCGGGGGGGGAACAACUGGGAGGGGCACAGAGGCAUGCUUUUAAAAGAAGUCUUCAGUCUUCUUGCAGCAUUUUUGUUUAGGUGACAUUACAUAUAAGUCCUAUUUAGAAUGAUGUCUUCUCCUAAGGCUGCCGGGACCUUACAGAAUGUAGAUUUUUGUGACUUGACUCUUAACUCUGCUGUACAUAGUAAGUUCUUUUGACUUUUUAAAGAGCAAAAUAUUGUUACUCAACCUGUUCUCAGCUGGUGUCUGCAAAUUAGCUAACUAACUGCAAACAGAAACUUACUGAAUGUACCAGUAAGAAUACUGCUGUACAUGAAAUUUAUAUAUGUGAAUUCUUAGCUUUUUCCCAAGUCUCAAGUUGCCAAAGUUCAAGAGAGUGCAAAAGAGGUGGUUUGCUCGGGAUUCAUGCCUCUGUGUUUACCCAACAAUGAUGCCUUUCAAUUAGUGUUCUUGAAAGAGCCAAAACUGAGUAAAACAAUUCUCAACUCAAGACUUUGUUCUCCCUCCAUGAAUUCCAAAAUUAUGCUAAAUUAGAUGAUGGCACUGGGGAAGACAGAAUUUAGUCGCUGUGAUAAUGUGCCGAAGACAUGAGUAGGAAAGCACCGCACAGUCCUGAGUGGUACCGUUUGACUAGCUCAGUUGAACAGUGGGGCCUGGCUGUGAGAUGACAAUACAGCAUCUAGCACAGCUUAGAUUCAGCAGCUCUUCUUUGCCACAGAAAUCAAGACCAUCUCUGUAUUUAUCACAGCUGUUUGUCCAUCUCUGUAUUUAUCACAGCUGUUUGUAAGAAGGGGUUGUUAUAUAUACUGUUUUGUGUCCUGACUUGUUGCUGUUUGCCAAUAAAACCAGUGCUACCA